AACCAACUCCUGAUUUUUAGGUUUCCAUUGAUUUGUCAUCGAGCUCAUUGUGCGGUAAUAUUUGAAUUCAGGGAUAGUUUGCUACGUAACGUAACUAAAUAGAAACGACGUUGUAGUGGCUAAUUCAAAGGUGCUUCAAGACAUAAACACGAUCGAAGUCAUGUGCAGCCGAGAGUAACAUCUGGUAAUAUUUGUCAUCAUGAUAGCGGAAUGAUAUUCUGUAGAUUGCCAGAUGUAGUUCAGUAAAAGUUUCAUUAUUAGUCACCAACACCGUCCAGGAUGUAUUUGAGCUGCUCUAAAUGAGUCCGUAAAUGUCGAUUUCAGGAAGGCCCCGUUAGUCAUACGUGCAGUCAGGUGUAACUACGCGUAGGUUUAAAAGCGGACGCGUUCAAGAAAUUGGCGAGCACUAUCCAUCAGAUCCAUUCAAGCCGCGUCAGUUAUAAGCGCGGAUCAUUGCCGCGAACUAUUGGUCGCUGCAUCAAGAUAAGUCGAACCUCCUGUGGACUUGAGCAGAAGUGCGCGUGCCAAAGUUGUAGUUGGUUCAAAUCUGGUACAGUUGUAAUUGGUCUUUCAGCUUAAUGCGUAUAAAUCCUCGGGAUAAUUAGAGCAGUUAAUAAGCCUUCUGUCAUAAGAAUAAACGAGUUAUUAAGAGAAAAACGUUCAAAUAGGAUUACCAAAUUGAUCGUUUAAAAUGGAGUCUUCCAUACCUAGCAAUUAGAGCACUUUCGCAAUUAGUCGACCAAGAACUUUCUUCUGGGCCGUUAAAAGUAUGUACUAUCGCUCGCUUGGUUGUACUUCUUUUGAAGAUGAGGUUGACUAUUGAUGUAUUGCUUAUCUGGUCAUUCAAGAAUAUAUGAGACAGAGAUUUUAGAUACAGAUUAAACAUUAAUUUCAAAUAAAAGUAACAUAUAAGGUAGUGUGUCGAUUUAGCUUUAGAUAUGGCGGAAUGACUGAAUGAUAAAACCUAUAAAAAACUAUAGAGUGUGUGUAUCUUGUUUUUGUUAUCAAAAAUUGAUAACGUUUGAUAGUGACGCCUAUGAUGUACUUUAAGUUCUGAUAAGAAUUGUUAUUUAUCUUUUUAGCGUCGUAAGCUAUAUAAUAUUCAAGUGUUAUUGAAUACCUGUUCAUUCUGUACGCACAACCACCAAGACGACUAUUGUAUGCUGGAAAUAUAACGAUUAUAAUUUUUAUAAAAUGACAAACUUGCAUUCUACUGCAGUUGUGACGGACCUUGCAGGAACUUCAAACACUGGCGCAUUAUCUUCACUUUUAGUUGCAGCUAUAUUGCGAGCAAAACGGUUCGCGCUGCCGAGUGAGAGUCCGCGGGACAAAACAGGUUUUUUGUUCGGAGAAGGUAUGCGGGCACCGGCGUCCCAAGUGAGUAAACUAGCGACACCCACGAGGAAAACAAGAAUGUCCAGAAGAUUGAAAAAGUCUACAGGAAUUAUAGUGGAAAAGUUCGAUGCCGAAGACGACACUGUACCCCAGGGGAUUACAAAAGAAUCUAUCCCAAUUGUUCAUGAUCGGUUACCAGAUCCGAAAAUGUGGGAAAAACUACAACUAGGACACGAAAUCGAUAUUGAGGAAAUAAUCGAUAUUUCAACAAAUCCUAACCAGAAGAAAGUGGACGAUCCUGACUUAGUAACUACAGAAAAAGACGUACUUCAACAUCAAGCUGUGCAUAAUUUAUCAAAAAGAAACAUUUCAGCUAAUUUGGAAGGAAUUACUAGACGGAGACAGUUAUAUUGCCGUAAUGGAUAUCACUUGGAAAUUUUACCCCACGGCCAAGUUACGGGAACAAGAAGGGAUCAUAGUAGAUACGGAAUCCUUGAAUUUGUGUCAAUCCAUGCCGGAAUCGUUACCAUAAGGGGCGUAGAAACUGGUCUUUAUCUUGCUAUGGAUAACAGAGGAAAAUUAUAUGGAUCGGAAAAUCUUGAUCAAAACUGCUUCUUCAGAGAGCAAUUUGAAGAAAACAAGUACAACACAUAUUCCUCGCUUCGACACCGACACCAUUCGAAGACGAGAGCGUGCUUCGUUGCCAUCACCCAACAAGGAAGAGCACGACAAGGAUGUCGAUCAAAAAGAUCCCAAAAGUUUACACACUUCCUCCCAAGACUUGUAGACCCCAGAAAAGUACCAUGGCAUUACGAGGGUGAAAUCUAUUAAGCACCAUCAACUUUUCCACCGUAUGCAACCAUGACUUCAAUGGGGUUUUAUCCAUCUACUGCCUCUGAUGAUUCAAAACAUAUAUUUAAAAAUUUAAAAGUUUUAAUUAUAUGAGAAAAUGCCUAUUUCUUCACAUUUGCGAUCUUAGCAGUUCACCGCACAAAUAUAGUUGCUAUGAAAUGAUGCUGGCAUCGAUUAAUCGACAGCUUAUUAAUCUAAACGACGAGGAGCAACUUAUGCACGUAUUUAUUUUUAUUUCUCAAUUUUAAAAAUAGAAAUUCCAAAAUUUCGCACGAUUUGACGAAAGAAAGAAUAAGUAGUAUUACUUCAACAGUUAUUUUAUUGCACCACGCACCUAACUAACAGUUUAUCCUCUGUUACUUUACAUUUCAUAAUUAUUUUAUCCGCUUGCCAUUCGACGACUUUUUCCAAGUGAAAGGACGCCCUAUUAUUUAUGCCGAGUGCAAAAACUGAUGUUUUUCUUUAAUUAAUAAAUAUAUUUUAUCGUUAUUAACGUUAUUUUAUAAAUACCUAUUUAUAAUGUCAUUUUUUGCGCAUCUUUGUGCUGCUUUUAUUGUCUCGUUAUGUUGGUUACUGACUUAUCAGUGUCUUUUAAUAUUUUAUUCAAUUUUUUACGUGUUUGCAAUACAGAUCACUUGAACAAUCAUAACACGA